UCCAGGUAGAAUUAUACUGCCAGUAUAGUACAGUAAAAUCCAGAAAAGUGAGAGGGUACUUUUUUUGAAUACCACAUGCAAAACCAUGAUAAACAGAUACUUAGAAGGGGGUGACUGAUCUCAUGUCUCAUUAGGAUGUAAAAUUACAAUGUGAAAAAAGGUGUAUUUAAAUGAGUUGAGGUAAACCAAUUGGACGCAAAAGGUUAAGACUAGGUUUAAGUCUCUAAAUAUAUCAUGUAACAAAUGUGACACUUAAACCUGAAAAUGUCUCAAAUUUGAUGUUCCCUAGCGGAGAGAAAGCCACCAGGAAAGGAUGUUGUGUUCUUGUUGGAUGGAUCUGAUGGUACUAGACGCGGCUUCCCAGCUAUGCGAGACUUUGUCCAAAAGGCAGUAGAGAAACUCAGUGUGGAUGACAAGAAAGACCGCGUCUCAGUGGUUCAGUACAGCAGAGAUCCAACUGUCCAGUUCUAUCUGAACACGUACACAACAAAAGGCGAUAUCCUUGACACUGUCAGAGGUUUGAGGCACAAAGGCGGAAGCCCCCUCAAGACUGGAGAAGCUCUCCAGUACUUGAGGGACAAUGUCUUCACGGCUUCUGCCGGAAGCAGGCGCCUGGAAGGAGUUCCGCAAGUCCUAAUAUUGUUAAGCGGUGGAAGGUCUUAUGACAGUGUUGAUGCCCCAGCCUCUGCUCUGAAACAGAUGGGCGUCCUGAUGUUUGCAGUUGGAACCAGGGGCUCUGAUUUGAGAGAACUGCAGAAGAUAUCCCACGAUUCCCGCAGUGCUAUAACUGUACCUGACUUCACUGACCUAGCCGGUGUCCAAGAGCAACUUCAGUCCUCUGUGGAGGCUGUGGUUGUUGAUGUCACCCCAGAAACGCCCACCGAAACUGUUGACACCGGCAAAAAGGAUGUUGUCUUCCUUCUGGAUGGUUCUGAUGGCACACGGAAUGGCUUCCCUGCCAUGCGUGAUUUUGUGGAGAGAGUUGUUGAGAAACUUAAUGUGGGACCAAACAACGACCGUGUCUCUGUGGUGCAGUACAGCAGAGAUCCAGAGGUCAAUUUCUAUCUGAACACAUACACCACAAAAGAGGAUGUUGUGGAUUCGGUCAGAGGACUGAACCACAGAGGGGGCAGUCCCCUCAAUACCGGGGCAGCCCUCCGAUACGUUAGGGACAACGUCUUUACCAACUCCUCCGGGAGUAGGCGCCUGCAAGGUGUCCCACAAAUGUUGAUCCUGCUAAAUGGCGGAAAGUCUUUUGACAAUGUAGAUACCCCAGCCUCUGCUCUCAAACAGCAAGGCAUCUUUGUGAUUGGCAUUGGAACAAGGAACUCUGACAGAAGUGAGCUGCAGAAGAUAUCACAUGAGCCUAGUUAUGCUCUUUCGGUGCCUGAGUUCACUGACCUCCCCGGUGUCCAGGAACAGCUCUCCACUGUACUGAGUACAGUGCGAGUGAGGGGCACGCCCAUGACACCAACAGUAACUGCGGAGAGAAAGCCACCAGGAAAGGAUGUUGUGUUCUUGUUGGAUGGAUCUGAUGGUACUAGACGCGGCUUCCCAGCUAUGCGAGACUUUGUCCAAAAGGCAGUAGAGAAACUCAGUGUGGAUGACAAGAAAGACCGCGUCUCAGUGGUUCAGUACAGCAGAGAUCCAACUGUCCAGUUCUAUCUGAACACGUACACAACAAAAGGCGAUAUCCUUGACACUGUCAGAGGUUUGAGGCACAAAGGCGGAAGCCCCCUCAAGACUGGAGAAGCUCUCCAGUACUUGAGGGACAAUGUCUUCACGGCUUCUGCCGGAAGCAGGCGCCUGGAAGGAGUUCCGCAAGUCCUAAUAUUGUUAAGCGGUGGAAGGUCUUAUGACAGUGUUGAUGCCCCAGCCUCUGCUCUGAAACAGAUGGGCGUCCUGAUGUUUGCAGUUGGAACCAGGGGCUCUGAUUUGAGAGAACUGCAGAAGAUAUCCCACGAUUCCCGCAGUGCUAUAACUGUACCUGACUUCACUGACCUAGCCGGUGUCCAAGAGCAACUUCAGUCCUCUGUGGAGGCUGUGGUUGUUGAUGUCACCCCAGAAACGCCCACCGAAACUGUUGACACCGGCAAAAAGGAUGUUGUCUUCCUUCUGGAUGGUUCUGAUGGCACACGGAAUGGCUUCCCUGCCAUGCGUGAUUUUGUGGAGAGAGUUGUUGAGAAACUUAAUGUGGGACCAAACAACGACCGUGUCUCUGUGGUGCAGUACAGCAGAGAUCCAGAGGUCAAUUUCUAUCUGAACACAUACACCACAAAAGAGGAUGUUGUGGAUUCGGUCAGAGGACUGAACCACAGAGGGGGCAGUCCCCUCAAUACCGGGGCAGCCCUCCGAUACGUUAGGGACAACGUCUUUACCAACUCCUCCGGGAGUAGGCGCCUGCAAGGUGUCCCACAAAUGUUGAUCCUGCUAAAUGGCGGAAAGUCUUUUGACAAUGUAGAUACCCCAGCCUCUGCUCUCAAACAGCAAGGCAUCUUUGUGAUUGGCAUUGGAACAAGGAACUCUGACAGAAGUGAGCUGCAGAAGAUAUCACAUGAGCCUAGUUAUGCUCUUUCGGUGCCUGAGUUCACUGACCUCCCCGGUGUCCAGGAACAGCUCUCCACUGUACUGAGUACAGUGCGAGUGAGGGGCACGCCCAUGACACCAACAGUAACUGCGGAGAGAAAGCCACCAGGAAAGGAUGUUGUGUUCUUGUUGGAUGGAUCUGAUGGUACUAGACGCGGCUUCCCAGCUAUGCGAGACUUUGUCCAAAAGGCAGUAGAGAAACUCAGUGUGGAUGACAAGAAAGACCGCGUCUCAGUGGUUCAGUACAGCAGAGAUCCAACUGUCCAGUUCUAUCUGAACACGUACACAACAAAAGGCGAUAUCCUUGACACUGUCAGAGGUUUGAGGCACAAAGGCGGAAGCCCCCUCAAGACUGGAGAAGCUCUCCAGUACUUGAGGGACAAUGUCUUCACGGCUUCUGCCGGAAGCAGGCGCCUGGAAGGAGUUCCGCAAGUCCUAAUAUUGUUAAGCGGUGGAAGGUCUUAUGACAGUGUUGAUGCCCCAGCCUCUGCUCUGAAACAGAUGGGCGUCCUGAUGUUUGCAGUUGGAACAAGGGGCUCUGAUUUGAGAGAACUGCAGAAGAUAUCCCACGAUUCCCGCAGUGCUAUAACUGUACCUGACUUCACUGACCUAGCCGGUGUCCAAGAGCAACUUCAGUCCUCUGUGGAGGCUGUGGUUGUUGAUGUCACCCCAGAAACGCCCACCGAAACUGUUGACACCGGCAAAAAGGAUGUUGUCUUCCUUCUGGAUGGUUCUGAUGGCACACGGAAUGGCUUCCCUGCCAUGCGUGAUUUUGUGGAGAGAGUUGUUGAGAAACUUAAUGUGGGACCAAACAACGACCGUGUCUCUGUGGUGCAGUACAGCAGAGAUCCAGAGGUCAAUUUCUAUCUGAACACAUACACCACAAAAGAGGAUGUUGUGGAUUCGGUCAGAGGACUGAACCACAGAGGGGGCAGUCCCCUCAAUACCGGGGCAGCCCUCCGAUACGUUAGGGACAACGUCUUUACCAACUCCUCCGGGAGUAGGCGCCUGCAAGGUGUCCCACAAAUGUUGAUCCUGCUAAAUGGCGGAAAGUCUUUUGACAAUGUAGAUACCCCAGCCUCUGCUCUCAAACAGCAAGGCAUCUUUGUGAUUGGCAUUGGAACAAGGAACUCUGACAGAAGUGAGCUGCAGAAGAUAUCACAUGAGCCUAGUUAUGCUCUUUCGGUGCCUGAGUUCACUGACCUCCCCGGUGUCCAGGAACAGCUCUCCACUGUACUGAGUACAGUGCGAGUGAGGGGCACGCCCAUGACACCAACAGUAACUGCGGAGAGAAAGCCACCAGGAAAGGAUGUUGUGUUCUUGUUGGAUGGAUCUGAUGGUACUAGACGCGGCUUCCCAGCUAUGCGAGACUUUGUCCAAAAGGCAGUAGAGAAACUCAGUGUGGAUGACAAGAAAGACCGCGUCUCAGUGGUUCAGUACAGCAGAGAUCCAACUGUCCAGUUCUAUCUGAACACGUACACAACAAAAGGCGAUAUCCUUGACACUGUCAGAGGUUUGAGGCACAAAGGCGGAAGCCCCCUCAAGACUGGAGAAGCUCUCCAGUACUUGAGGGACAAUGUCUUCACGGCUUCUGCCGGAAGCAGGCGCCUGGAAGGAGUUCCGCAAGUCCUAAUAUUGUUAAGCGGUGGAAGGUCUUAUGACAGUGUUGAUGCCCCAGCCUCUGCUCUGAAACAGAUGGGCGUCCUGAUGUUUGCAGUUGGAACCAGGGGCUCUGAUUUGAGAGAACUGCAGAAGAUAUCCCACGAUUCCCGCAGUGCUAUAACUGUACCUGACUUCACUGACCUAGCCGGUGUCCAAGAGCAACUUCAGUCCUCUGUGGAGGCUGUGGUUGUUGAUGUCACCCCAGAAACGCCCACCGAAACUGUUGACACCGGCAAAAAGGAUGUUGUCUUCCUUCUGGAUGGUUCUGAUGGCACACGGAAUGGCUUCCCUGCCAUGCGUGAUUUUGUGGAGAGAGUUGUUGAGAAACUUAAUGUGGGACCAAACAACGACCGUGUCUCUGUGGUGCAGUACAGCAGAGAUCCAGAGGUCAAUUUCUAUCUGAACACAUACACCACAAAAGAGGAUGUUGUGGAUUCGGUCAGAGGACUGAACCACAGAGGGGGCAGUCCCCUCAAUACCGGGGCAGCCCUCCGAUACGUUAGGGACAACGUCUUUACCAACUCCUCCGGGAGUAGGCGCCUGCAAGGUGUCCCACAAAUGUUGAUCCUGCUAAAUGGCGGAAAGUCUUUUGACAAUGUAGAUACCCCAGCCUCUGCUCUCAAACAGCAAGGCAUCUUUGUGAUUGGCAUUGGAACAAGGAACUCUGACAGAAGUGAGCUGCAGAAGAUAUCACAUGAGCCUAGUUAUGCUCUUUCGGUGCCUGAGUUCACUGACCUCCCCGGUGUCCAGGAACAGCUCUCCACUGUACUGAGUACAGUGCGAGUGAGGGGCACGCCCAUGACACCAACAGUAACUGCGGAGAGAAAGCCACCAGGAAAGGAUGUUGUGUUCUUGUUGGAUGGAUCUGAUGGUACUAGACGCGGCUUCCCAGCUAUGCGAGACUUUGUCCAAAAGGCAGUAGAGAAACUCAGUGUGGAUGACAAGAAAGACCGCGUCUCAGUGGUUCAGUACAGCAGAGAUCCAACUGUCCAGUUCUAUCUGAACACGUACACAACAAAAGGCGAUAUCCUUGACACUGUCAGAGGUUUGAGGCACAAAGGCGGAAGCCCCCUCAAGACUGGAGAAGCUCUCCAGUACUUGAGGGACAAUGUCUUCACGGCUUCUGCCGGAAGCAGGCGCCUGGAAGGAGUUCCGCAAGUCCUAAUAUUGUUAAGCGGUGGAAGGUCUUAUGACAGUGUUGAUGCCCCAGCCUCUGCUCUGAAACAGAUGGGCGUCCUGAUGUUUGCAGUUGGAACCAGGGGCUCUGAUUUGAGAGAACUGCAGAAGAUAUCCCACGAUUCCCGCAGUGCUAUAACUGUACCUGACUUCACUGACCUAGCCGGUGUCCAAGAGCAACUUCAGUCCUCUGUGGAGGCUGUGGUUGUUGAUGUCACCCCAGAAACGCCCACCGAAACUGUUGACACCGGCAAAAAGGAUGUUGUCUUCCUUCUGGAUGGUUCUGAUGGCACACGGAAUGGCUUCCCUGCCAUGCGUGAUUUUGUGGAGAGAGUUGUUGAGAAACUUAAUGUGGGACCAAACAACGACCGUGUCUCUGUGGUGCAGUACAGCAGAGAUCCAGAGGUCAAUUUCUAUCUGAACACAUACACCACAAAAGAGGAUGUUGUGGAUUCGGUCAGAGGACUGAACCACAGAGGGGGCAGUCCCCUCAAUACCGGGGCAGCCCUCCGAUACGUUAGGGACAACGUCUUUACCAACUCCUCCGGGAGUAGGCGCCUGCAAGGUGUCCCACAAAUGUUGAUCCUGCUAAAUGGCGGAAAGUCUUUUGACAAUGUAGAUACCCCAGCCUCUGCUCUCAAACAGCAAGGCAUCUUUGUGAUUGGCAUUGGAACAAGGAACUCUGACAGAAGUGAGCUGCAGAAGAUAUCACAUGAGCCUAGUUAUGCUCUUUCGGUGCCUGAGUUCACUGACCUCCCCGGUGUCCAGGAACAGCUCUCCACUGUACUGAGUACAGUGCGAGUGAGGGGCACGCCCAUGACACCAACAGUAACUGGUAAGAAAGUGACUGACUUUUACACACCAAUGUCACUGCAGCACGCACAUUGAACUGUAUUCAGGUGUAUUUUACUAAGUUGAAGCAAGGCAGCAGCGCCGCUCUGAGCAUAGAGGUGUACUAACACGAAUAGAGUCAUGUGUAAAUGUUGAGGUUAGCUUUCAUUAUCUAACUUUUAUACAGGACAGGUUGGUCACAUGAACCUAAAUAUGUCUCAAAUUUGAUGUUCCCUAGCGGAGAGAAAGCCACCAGGAAAGGAUGUUGUGUUCUUGUUGGAUGGAUCUGAUGGUACUAGACGCGGCUUCCCAGCUAUGCGAGACUUUGUCCAAAAGGCAGUAGAGAAACUCAGUGUGGAUGACAAGAAAGACCGCGUCUCA